AGGGGAUUGUCUCAUUAGGGGGAGAGCAAUUCUGAGUAUAUAGCAAGGUGUAUGUAAGCUUUUGUGUGAGAGACUGACUUGAUUUGUAAACUUAAAGCAAAAAAAAAAAAAAAGAUGGGUGGUUCAAACCCAUUCAGUGAUGCCACUGAAGAAAGGGCCAGGUUAUCUGCUUUCGUAACAAUUUGGGUUGUUAGUUUCUAUUGAGUCAAUCCUCACCCGUGGUGUCCCCGCAUGGGCAGAGUAGAGGUGCUGCACAGGGUUUCCAGGCUGCGGCCCUUCAGUAAGUAGCACAUCACUAGGCCUUCCUUCUCAGGCAUCUCUGGGUGGGUCGAAACUUCCUAUCAUCUGGCUAGGAGUUGAACACUUAAUCAUUUGCACCACUCAAGGACUACUUCCGUAAAGAUUAAAGCCAAGAAAACCCUAUGGAGCUCAGUUCUACUCUGUAACACAUGGGAUCUCUGUGAGUUGAAAUCGAGUCGACAGCAACUAACAACAACAGAGGGUAUUUCUGUGAGGAAUAGACUUGGUUGCAGAUAACAAAAAUCUUACCAACAGCAAUGCCCGACUCAAGACGAGUGAGGGUUGGAAGUUCUAUCCGACUCUUUCAUCCACUCUUCCUCCCUUGGCCCACCUUUCAAUCCUGCCAUCGCUCUGAUCCAAGAACUUGAGGUGGGUGACUCCACUGCAUAGUCUUGAAUCUAUGAAGAUAACUCUUUCUUUCCACUCUGAGGAAUGUUGGUAAGAAAGUUGAUACACACUGAUAGCUGUUCACAUGUGGACAUGACUGAUGAGGUGGAAACUGGGGAGCUCAGAUGUAGCGCAGCAGUAGGCCUCCAGAGGCCUUCCCAGCAUUUUGUCAAACUGUCACCCUGCGUCUUUGAAGAGGGAGAGGCAGAUGGGUGGAGACAAAGAGAGAAAGAAACCCUGAAGCUCAGGCACAAGCUGAUAAGGGACCUCACUGUCCCAAGUUAGCUGUGUGCUUAGAAAGUGUUAAAUACGAGUUUUGAUUUCUUUCAUAUCAAAAGGCAAAAUUCAGAGCAAGGGAGAGGUAGUUCAGGGAGAUUGCUAGGAAGCCUGUGGUUUAGGCAGUGUGAACGAUUCAUCAUCAUCAUUAUUUCACUUUCACUCCCUCCAGCAUGGCCUUCCUUCUGCAAGCAUUUCAGAGGGCUUCUGCUGGGGUUUUCUUAUUAGCAGUUUGGGGUGUGACUGGAGGUGAGAAGUUGCUGGUUGUUCCUCAGGAUGGAAGCCACUGGCUUAGUAUGAAGGAGAUAGUUGAGCUUCUCAGAGAGAGGGGACAUGACAUUGUGGUGUUGGUGCCGGAAGUGAAUUUGCUUCUGAGGGAAUCCAAAUACUACACAAGAAAACUCUAUCCAGUGCCGUACCCCCAGGAAGAGCUGAAGGACCGUUUCUACUCUUUUGGUAACAGCCACUUUAUUGAGAGAUCUUUCCUGAGUGCUCCUCAGGCAGAGUAUAGGAAUAUAAAGAUUAUUGGUGACAUGUACUUCACCAACUGCCAGAGCCUCCUGAAGAACUCGGAAACCCUGCAAUUCCUCAGGGAGAGUAAGUUCGAUGCCCUUUUCACAGACCCGGCCUUGAUCUGUGCCGUGAUCCUGGCUGAGUACCUGGGCCUGCCCUCUGUGUACCUCUUCCGGGGCUUCCCUUAUGUCCUGGAGUACGCGAUCAGUGGAAGCCCAAACCCCGUGUCCUACAUUCCCAGGUACUAUACUCAGUUUUCCAGUAAGAUGACUUUCUGCCAAAGGGUGGCCAACUUCCUUGUUAAUUUGUUGGAGACCCCUCUAUUUUACCUCCUGUCUUUGAGGUACCAAGACCUUGCCUCAAAUCUCCUCAAGAGAGAUGUGGACUUAGUCACAUUAUAUCAGAAUGUCUCCAUAUGUCUGUUAAGAUACGAUUUUGCAUUUGAGUACCCCAGGCCAGUCAUGCCCAACAUGGUCUUCAUUGGAGGGACCAACUGCAAGAAGGGGGGACGCCUAGCUCAGGUUGGUGGUUUUUCCUAUUUUUGAUUACCCUGUUUCUUAGAAAGUAGAAAGAAAUCAUUCAUAUGUGCUCUGUUUCCCCUUACUCGGUCAACCCCUUCAGCCCAUCUGGGGGUCUGCCUGAAGAAAUGGCGGUCUUCUUUUCGACAAAGGGGAAAGGGGCUCGAGGUGGGGAGUGGUAUGAUAUCUAUGGCUGGGGUGAUGCAGAGGAUUUGAAUGAAGACAGGACUGGUGUUUGGUUAUCUGGGAAGAGACUCAGAGUCACAGAAUGAGCCUUUUGUCCUGCUGAAGAGAUAGAGGAGAAGGCUUGCCCAAGGGGCCAAGAGCUGGGAGGACAGAGCAAGUUAAAACCCAUUCCUGCAACUCUGUCCCACGGAUUUUUCCUGGGCCCUAAGCCAGGAAUCAACAAACUACAGCCUGUGGGCCAAAUCUGGCCAGAAGCCUGGUUUGAAUGACCCAGAUCUAAGAAUGGUUUUUACAUUUUUAAAGGGCUGUUAAACAACAACCACAAACAAUAUAUGACAGAGACUAUGUGGUCUGCAACACCUGCAUAGUUAUUAUUUGCCUCUUCAGAGAAAAAGUUUGCUGAUCCCUGACCUAGAGUUCCCAGAGUAACUUUGGAAAAUGAAAAUCUGUGUGUGUAUUUGAAUAUUUACAAUUAUGGAAGGCUUCAGAUCACUCCCUGUCUUUAAUGCCAGAAUUCUCUUUUUUGAUACAUUUUUUACCACAGAAAAAGCCUCAGAUAGGCUCCAAACACCAUGAGCAAUCUUCUUUAACACCUGCUAGUUUCUUUGUUAACAAGCUGGGCAAUUGGCUGUAACUAUAAAGAGAGGGGCAGAGGUAAUGAGCAGAAUUGGACUGGUUCCAAGAAGCAAGGGGUGUGAAAUAGAAGUAUCCUAUGUCAGGAAAGGAAGGAGCCCUGGUGUUGCAGUGGUUAGGCACUCUACUGCUAAGUGAAAGAUUGACAAUUGGAACCCACCUGUUGCUCUGUAGUCUUGGAAACUCCAUGGGAUAGUUCUACUCUGUCCUGUGUGUAAGCUCUGAGAUGGAAUUGACUUAAUGAGAAUAGGUUUGGUUUUGGGUUUGUCAGGAAAAUUCAAUUAAAGAAGUUAAAAAGUGGAAGUGUCAUAAGAAACAUUUUGCAUAAGAAGGAAAAAAAUAUCAUUUCUGGUAUCUUGGUACCAUUCAUCUUAUUUCUGAAACCAAAACAAUAAAGCCCUGCUUGGUAAUGAAUGCGUUUGUGAGAUUAGAAUCCCUAUUAUAUCUUGUAAUUAAGAGAUAGAAAUCAUCUUCAGCACUUAUGAGAUAUCUCUCUAUCUAUAUAUUUUAUAUCUAUACCUACUGGAAACCCUGGUGGCAUAAUGGUUAAAAGCUACACGCCUGCUAACCAAAAGGUCAGCAGUUCGAUUCCACCAGAUGCUCCUAGGAAACUCUAUGGGGCAGUUCUACUCUGUCUUAUAGGGUCGCUAUGGAUUGGAAUAGACUCGAUGGCAACAGGUAGUAUCUGCUCUGUAUCUGUGUCUAUAUAUACAGCUGAUCUUCAUUAUUCACAGAUUUCAUAUUUGCAAAUUUACCUACUCACUAAAAUGUAUCCAUAACCCCCAAGUCAAUUUUCUUGCCACCUUUGUGGUCAUUCACAGAUGUGCCCAGAGUAGUGAAAACUUUGAAUCACCUGGUGUGCACAAUCCCAGCCAAGGACAAACAAGGUGAUGCUGUCCCCCUCCCCUUUUUUUUUCCAUUUCUCCUCUUGUAAACAAUUGUCCUUUUGGCUGUCUAUUCAGUGCCAUGUGUUUUGCAUGUUUGUGCUCUUUGUUGGCAAUUUCAUUUUUAAAAUGACCCCAAUUUUAGUGCUGAAGUGCUAUUAGGUAAGCUUCAUCUAGGCAUGAAUUAUAGUGCUAUUGGCCAUGAGUUCAAUGGUAAUGAACAAAUGAAAUCUAUUAAGUAAGGUGUCUUUAAACAGCACACUAAAGCACAGUUGUGCAUCGAUCAGUUGACGAAAAUGUGUGACCAGAGGCUUGCAGGAACUUAACACUCUAUUUCCCCUUUGAGCAAUGUUUCAGUGAAACCACUCAGAGCUGGAAUUCAACAGGACUCCCUUAUUUUUCUGGAUCUUGCAAGUUUUCUGCCUUUGUUAGAGUGUGGCUUACCCCAUUUCUAUCACUCACUCCUAAUGGAAAGUAUUUGAAAUCUCCUUCUCUGACAGGUUUAUGCCUUACAUAGUGUCUCAGGUAUCUAGUGCUGCUAUAACAGAAAUAACACCAGUGGAUGACUUUAACAAAGAGAAAUUUAUUCUUUCAAAGUUUAGGUAUAUAGAAGUUCAAAUUCAGGGCACCAGCUCCAGGGGAAGGCUUUCUCUCUCUCUCAGCUCUGUGGCAAGAUCCAUGCCAUCAAUCUUCCCCUGGUCUGGGAGCAUGUCAGUGCAGGUACCCCGUGUCCAAAGGACAUGCUCUGCUCCUGGCUCUGCAUUGUUCGUUGUAGGAGGUCCUUCUCCUUUCUGCUUGAUUCUCUAUUUUAUAUCUGAAAAGAGAUUAACUCAAGAUACAACCUAAUCCUGCCUCAUUAAGGUAACUGCCUCUAAGCCUGCCUUAUAACAUCAUAAAAGCCAUUGUUGUGGAGGUGUUUCUGACUCACAGUGAUCCAUAGGACAGAGUAGAACUUCCCCAUAGAGUUUCCAAGGAGCAGCUGAUGGAUCUGAACUGCUGACCUUUUAGUUUGCAGUCGAAUGCUUAACCACUGGGUCACCAGGACUCCCUUUAACAUCAGAGUUUUAGGAUUUACCACACAGAGGAAAAUCACAUCAGAUCACAAAAUUGUGGACAACGACAUGAUACUGGUGUUUAUGGCCUAGCCAAGUUGACACAUACUUUGGGGAGAUACAAUCGAAUUCAUGUCUCACAGGCUCUGGAUUUUACAUGUUUUAUUGUGUUUAUAUAUAUAUAUAUACAUACACACAUAUAUAUGCCUGGUGGUGCAGUGGUUAAGCUAACUGAAAGAUUGGCAGUUGAACCUCUGCAGCAGGUUCAUGGCAGAAGAGACCUGGUGAAAUGCUCCCAUAAAAAUUAUAGCCGAGGAUACCCUAUGUGGCAGUUCUACUCUGCGACACGAGGUCACCAUGAGUCAAAAAUUGACUCACUGGCACCUAACAACAUCCACAAUAGAUACAGAGAUAGAGAUGUCAAUGAGGGGUAUUCGAUCAUAUUGAAAAUCCAGACUGUAGCGAUCGCACUUUAUCUGGAGCUUACCUGCAUUUGUACCUCAAUUUUCAUCCCAACAUGUCCCUGUAGAGAGGAUUCUGCAUUACAACAUGUAAUUGUUAAGUUGUACUUGUAAUUAUUAGGAAUUAACUGACAGUCAUCAGAACCUAAUUUCUUUGGUCAGUCAAACUGUUCCAACACUACGAAGAAAAUGUGCAAAGCCUUUCAAAGACCAUAGCUUGGUGGACAUUCCUUGCAUGAUGCUGUGACCAGGUGUUAGGGAAGACUCUUCUGGUGGGCCCUCCUUGGGAAGAUACAGUGAUCACUUCCCUCAUGCCCAUGUGAAAGGCCCUCUGACCACAGCCCACCUGCCUCCUUUCCCAGGGGUUCUUGGCCACUUGGGCCUCCCUGGUUGUUUCUGGGAGCCCUUGAGCACACUCACAGACAUUUGGCACCUGUUCUUCCCCCUGUGUCUGAGGGGCCUAUGGAGAAGCCCCUUGCUGCCUGGCUAGUGGUUCCCACUGUGGGAUCUCAGAGUCUUGUUCAGAGUCUGUUCUGAAGCCACUUACCCAGCCCUGCCAAGGGCCUCCUCUCCAGCCCUGUGUCCCCUUUGCCAAGUGGUACCAAAAUCAUUCUGCCACUGCCUCGUCAAUGUUUCUGUCCAAUCUCUGAUCCUGACUUCUCCCCAGCAUCUCAUGCAGUCUCUCCUGGAAAGAACCUUUAUUUUUAGGUCCUGCCCCUCUGCCCACUACAGGGUUGCUAUGAAUUGGAACCGACCCGAAGGCAAUGGGUGACCUCUGCCCACAGUGGUUUGAAUCCUGGCCGGAAGCCUGAGUGUUGAGCCAUUCUUCUUGUUUCCUGGUUGAAUUCUGUCUUCCCCACAGUAACCUCGUUUGCUAUUGGGAGCCUUAGGUCUCAAACAUUCUCAUUUUAGAAGACUGCUCAGCUUUACAUUUCAUUAUUAGAAGGACCACUGGGUUUUUUUUUUUCUCAGAACAAAAGAAUUCGAUGAUGAAGCCUACUCUCUUCCACUUGCAAUGCAGGGAACUGCUCAAGGUUUUCAAAGGACUCUCUCCACUGGGACUCCAUAGACCCUGGAGCCAGGUUCUGGCCAAAUCAUACUCCAAGAACGAGCACAUCCUCUCUGCCCAGCCUGCUCUCUGGGAAGGGAUGAUGAGAGCUCAGCCUGAGCCGAAGCAAUAGCUGGAAAGGCAAGGUUUCCCAUUCCCUGCUGUCCUCCAGACUUCCCCUUGUCCCCAUAAUAUUAGAGCAUGGGAUAAGAGCUAAGAGUUGGAUUUGAACCCAACUGUGUGGAGGCUGGAGCAUGUAGCACAAAUCUGAGCAUACGUUUCUCCAGCUGUGUAAUGGAGACGCCUAUAAUCCUCGCGUGAGUUGGGUAAGAUCAAGUACACAGGAAAAAGAAAACCUUAAAAGCUGUAGAUGCAACACCAACGUGAUGGGACUAUUUUAGGGUAGAAUAAUACGAUGAGUCAGAAUUGACUCCACGGCAGUUGGUUUGGUUUGGUGGAAUAGGACGAAGGCCCUUAGACAAAUUUAGUCCAACUUUCUCAUGAAAUGAGCAAGCAAAUGGAGGCAGUUGGAUGAACUGCCUGAGGCCACAGGUGCAGCCCAAGGCAGAGGAGGAUAGAACCCACUUCUUUAACCCUCCCACCCUAAGCUCACGCGUUUGCUCUGCACUAUUUGUCCCAUUAUAUAAGCUCUGGAAAAAAGCAAAAACAAGUAGGGGAGAGGAGUCCAUGGAUGUGACCAGCCUUCUCCCAGCCAUGGGGUCUUGGGCCUCAAUUUCCUUAUCUGUACAAUGGAGCUGAUGAAGUCUGCCUCUCCACCUAAGAGGGCUGUUAGAGCAUCAAAUGGGGCAACAAAGAGCAUGUGAAAGCGCUCUGCAGAGUGUUGGGACCGAAUCUGCCCUAUCUCUUUCUUCCUUGGAACCUAGCUCAAUAUAGGCUGAAAUUUUCUCUCUCUGAGUUUUCUCUUUAUGAUAAAAAAACACUCUGGAUUUCUUGCAAUGUUCUUUACAGAGCAGUUUUCAGAAACCCGUUGCUAUGGAAUUGAUUCCUACUCAUAACGAACCUAUAGGACAGAGUAGACUUGCCCCAAAAGUUUCCAAGGCUGUAAUCUUUAUGGAAGCAGAUUGGUACUUCUUUCUUCUGCAGAGCAGCUAGGAGCUUCAAACUACCAACCAUUCAGUUAACAGCCAAGUGCUUGACCACUGUGUCACCAGGGCUCCUUAGUUUUCAGAAAACUAGAUCCCAAUUCCUCAGGGCUGGCCUCUUUGUUUUUGUUCCCCCCCCCCCUUGUGUUCCAGAAUCCUCUAGACCAGUGAUUCCCAACUGGGGGUGAUUUUCCCCCCAGGAGGCAAUGUCUGAAGACGUUUCUGGUGUUACAGAUAGGGUUUGCUACUGUCAACUAGUAGGUAGAGCCCAGGGAUGCUGCUAAACAUCCUUGCGAUGACUGGGACAUACCCUACCCCUGCAGUAAAGAAUUCUCCUUCCCCAUAGAUGUCAAUACUGCUGAAGUUGAGAAAUCCUGAUCUAAAUAAAUUCCAGGCGAGCAUCAGGGACUUAUCUCCAGCAGGGCUAACAGCUGGAGCUCAUCUUAUUUCCCUAAGGACUUAAAUCCCAACAUUUAUGGUUGAGCUGAAAGUUGAACUGUGGGCAAGUCAGGAGAAAAAAACCUCAAAAUGAAAGUCAUUCUUCAUAGGUAUUUAAAAAAAAAAAAAAACUUAAGUCAAUGACUACAAUGCCUGUAACGUGUUGCUUCCCUUUUUAAACUUUGUAUUUAGCUUUAUGAUUGGUUACCUUGGAGAUUAUCAACACGUGGAACUUUUUGGCAGUAGUGUUUCUGUUAAUGAGUAAUUAUCUAAACUGUGGCUAAAUGCUAAGGUGAAUCAGGGUUUAAAAAAAAAUUUUCAAUAUAAGUUUCAAAAAACUGGAAACUUGGUUGAUUAAUAGUUUAUGUCAUUCUGUGAGAAUGAUACUAGGUGGGGUUUCUUUUAAACACCUUUAUUGAGAUAAUUCACAUAACAUAGAGUUCAUCUAUUUAAAAUUUACAGUUCAAAGUUUUUUAGUAUUUUCCAAGAGUAAAACUCAGAUUCUGAAAAACUGUAAUUAAAGAGAGAGUUAUUGAGAAUACAGGCAACUUGAAUCAAGGAGGCAUCAAGUUUUACAUAGUAAGAUUAGCCACUCUGCUGAGGCACGGAACAAUGAUGGUUUAUAAUGGCAAAAAGCACAGGCAGCUGAGGUACAGCUAAAAGUCUUUUCAUUGGUAGCUGAGCGAUCAGGAAACUGAAGGUGGGCUAUGUCAGAAGUGGGGCUUUGUCUCAGAUAGGACCAUUAUAGGUACAUGGUUGGGCAAGGAUUAGUUCAGUGCGGGAGCCAGAGUGUUUUUCUGAGAAUCGGCCAACCACCAAAUGUUCGUGGGUGCAGUUGUUUCCUGAAACACAUGAAAAUAAUCUAACAGAACAUGCUUAGAAAUGGGUUAAGAUGGAGUCACUUUUAGAGAAAUGGGUCAAGAUGGAGUCACUCUUGCUCCCUUGAUGUGAGUCCAGGAUAGACCAAAAGCUCGUGUUGGAUUAUUCUGCUUGUGAUUCCUUCCCUUUGAUCAAGAAUUUUCUUAAAAUUCAUGGAUCAUUAUGCAUGGACUUACUGUUACCUUGCUAUAUGUAUGGUCUCAUCUUCAUGGUGAGCUGGUAUUAUGUCACCCAGAAAGGAGUAACUCAUCUUUUGCAAGGGUUGUAAGUGGGCAAAUGGGUGGCCACUUAUGUUUUUUAAGUCGUUUAAGACCCUGGACACUAUCAGAAGAGUGACUGGCUCUAAUGUCACCAGAUGGAUAACUGGGCACCACUGCAAAUAUCUUUACCAUGCUAUUUCAAAUCUCAGAAGACUGACUGGGUGGAAGGAUGGAUUUAAAGAGGAAUCAGUUGGCAUAGGCAAGGACUCAAGUGAAGGAACAGGUGAGUCUACAGAGGCCUCAACAGUCUUCAAAGUACAUGGCACAUUGUUUAUGAGUAGGGGUGAGUGUUUUGGUACAGAACUGGGUAAUGCAAGAAAAGAAACAUUUAAUCAGGCAAAAGAAAAUGGUAACAAAAAGGAGUAUAACUAGCCUAGUUUUUACAAGAGAGCUGACAUAAGAUUUGAUACCAUUGGUAACCAGGUGACAAUGUCAAGCCAAGCAUCAGGGCUGCUAGCAUCUUCUAUAUGGAGCCAGGUAGCAUUCGGUCAAAUUUUCUUUAUGCCGUGUUCUACUUUUCCAGUGGUAUUUAUCCAGGUGCAACAAGAAGUGGCACGUAGUCCUCUUCCUUGUGCUAAUAGAAAGUCAAGACCUAUUCUUUGGUCCAAAACUGCUUAACUAAAAACGCCAAGGAUUCUCAUUGUGCUGCAAGGUUUCUGCAAUGUUUUUAGCUAGCUAUUCCAUAAAAAAAAUAGCAGUUGAAAUAUUUUGGAUGGCCCUUUUUAAUUAGGCUAGUCUGACAAAGGAGAAGAAUGAGCUAAGAAAUCUGUAUUCAGGGCUGUGGUACUUUUCCAUUGGAUCGUAA